GAACUAAUGUAACGGUCUACGCUUUCUCUAAGCAUUGUUAUCGAUAAGGAGGUGUUAAAAAAACCAAAACAAAAGAAGCGCCACCCCUUCGAGCUAUCUCCUAGAGAAAUGGCGUCCUCGACUGUCUUAAUCAUGAGUCCGGCAUUUCUCUGCGGCAACAACAUUCGCCGCUUCCCUCGUCAUGCACCAUAUGCUCGAACAAGGCUCAGACCCAUCACCGCCAAACUCGCAGAGAAAACCGCGUUACAGUACAGGAAACUCGGGGACUCGGAUCUUCAAAUUAGCGAAAUUACUAUUGGAACUAUGACCUUUGGGCAACAGAAUACAGAGAAAGAAGCUCAUGAAAUUCUUAGCUAUUCAUUUGAUCACGGCAUUAAUAUUCUUGACACUUCAGAAGUUUAUCCAGUACCAGUGAGUAAGGAAACACAAGGAAGAACAGAUCUCUACAUCGGUAGCUGGUUGAAGUCUCAGCCCCGUGAUAAGGUUAUUUUGGCUACAAAAGUGAGUGGUUAUUCGGAGCGGUCAAGCUACAUCCGUGACAAUGCAAAGGUUUUGAGGGUUGAUGCUGCUAAUAUCAGAGAGAGCGUAGAGAAAAGCCUUCAGCGCCUUAGCACUGACUACAUUGAUUUGUUGCAGAUUCAUUGGCCAGAUCGCUAUGUACCUCUGUUUGGAGAGUUUUUCUAUGAUUAUUCAAAAUGGAGACCCAGUGUGCCAUUUUUGGAGCAACUAAGAGCCUUUCAAGAACUCAUCGAUGAAGGAAAGGUACGCUACAUUGGUGUUUCAAAUGAGACUUCAUAUGGAGUAAUGGAAUUUGUUCAUGCAGCCAAAAUUGAAGGGCUACCAAAGAUUGUUAGUAUCCAGAACAACUACAGUUUAUUAGUUAGGUGUCUUUUCGAAGCUGAUCUUGUUGAAGUUUGCCACCCAAAGAAUUGCAACAUUGGCUUACUUGCUUACUCUCCCUUGGCUGGUGGAGCUCUGAGUGGAAAAUAUUUGGAUCUGGACUCUGAAGCUGCCAGAAAAGGAAGACUAAAUCUCUUCCCUGGCUACAUGGCAAGAUACAAAGAUUCACAUUCCAGGGAAGCAACCGUGAGAUACAUUGAAAUGGCCAGGAAGCAUGGCUUAACUCCAGUACAGCUUGCGCUUGGAUUUACACGAGAUCGUCCAUUUAUGACGAGUUCUAUCAUUGGUGCAACCUCACUUGACCAACUAAAAGAAGACAUUGAUGCUUUCUUGACAACUGAGAGACCUUUGCCACCAGAAGUAAUUGCAGAUAUUGAAACCAUUUUCAAGAGAUACAAAGAUCCUGCCAUCCUUUGAGACCUAAAUGACCUCGGGACAAUGGGAGAGCAGCCACUUCACAGUGAAUUGGAUAUUUUUUGUGUCUACCACCAACAACAAAGAACAGCACAAACACCAAACAAGAACAUUCAUCAUUUAUUUGAUAUGAUAAUGAUAAUACGUCCGUGGAUGGAGAAGGUGUAUGAGUGUAGAGAUUCACUAUGAAAUCAGAUAAUAGUAGACUGCAAUUACAGGCAAUUUCAAUAACAUGCUUUUAACCAUGCAAUUAAGGGAAUAUUUAGUUCAACUGUUAAAUAUAGCUUAUAGCAUCCAAAUA